GCUGCUCUGUUGCAUUGUGUGACUGUGUCCCCUGUACAGCAGACUGGUGCGUUGCACAUUCCGUGCAUGCUCGCAUUCAUGGCAGCAUUGAGUAGGGGGAUGGAAGGAAGAGGAGGGAGGAGUUAGUUCCCUGAAAACGGAGGCUUUACGCUCCGGUUUUCCUCCGGCUGCGACAGGAGGUGAGAGGAGAAGAAGGGAACCCCACCCUCCUAUACAAGAUGUUGCUGACUCUUCUUUACAGUUGCACUGGUGGAGCAGCUGUCCUGUACGCUCUGUACAGAUGGAUCAUCCCCUUCAUUGUUCAGUAUCACGCGGGACUGGCGCUCAUCUGGCAUGACCAGAUUGUGGAGGGAAUGCUGGACAUGCUGACGCGAAGCACUCGUCCUCAGCGGCUUCUGGCUGCAGUACAGAAAAACGCCACUAGAGGGGACCCUCGCAGCGUGGUCAGCGCUAUCGAUCAGUUCUGCAGACAGAAGGAAUGGGCCAUGAAUGUGGGGGAUGAAAAAGGUUGCAUUCUGGACUCUGUAGUGUCUGAGACAAACCCCACCACUGUGCUGGAGCUGGGGACCUACUGUGCCUACUCCACAGUGCGCAUUGCCAGUCUGCUGCCACCACACAGCAAACUCAUAACUCUUGAGUUUAAUCCAGACUAUGCUAAGAUCGCUCGGCAGGUUAUUGCAUGGGCAGGGCUGCAGGAUAAGAUUAAUUUAGUCGAAGGAGCGUCUGGAGACUUGAUCCCCAAAAUGAAGGAGAUGUUUGGGGUGAACACAUUUGAUUUGGUUUUCUUGGAUCAUUGGAAAGACCGCUAUCUUCCUGACACGAAGCUGUUGGAGAAGUGUGGCCUCCUGAGGAAAGGCACCAUCUUGCUGGCAGACAACGUCAUCUGCCCGGGAACUCCAGAUUACCUGGAGUACAUUCGGAACAGCCCUCAGUAUGAAAGCCGGUACUUCAAAUCUCACCUGGAGUACACGAAAGUAGAGGACGGCUUAGAGAAAUCUGUCUUCUUGGGAUGAAAUAAGUUUUUCUAGUAGCUUGAAAUAAUAAAAAAGAAAAGAAUUGGGAAAGAAAAA